AUAUACACGCCUACAUAUAUAUAGAAAUAUAUAUAUACGAUUUUUUGUUGUUGUGUGCGAGCGAGAAAGCUAUAGACCAAAGAACAAAGAAAGCAAAUAAAGCAAGCAGUCAGUCAACAUGGAAUGACCCAAGCUGCUUGUGCUGGAACACACACGUUGUCGGAAGAUGCUGCAACAGCCAACAGCAGCAACAGCAGCAACAGCAACAGCAGCAACUGAAGUGGCAACAGCAGCAGCAACAAUUGCUGCAACAGCUGCAACAGGCAAUGGGCAGCGACGUCGCGUGGCAGCUAGCGACAGCUGCAGCACUUACAAUAAAAGCAACAACAAACUAAAGCCACAGCCAAUGCAUUCCAACGAGGAGCCGCCGACGUCGGUGAUCGUCGACGGCGGCAAUCAGCAGCAGCAGCAAAAGCUGCGACGCAGCGCCAGCGCCAGCGGCAGCAGCGGACAGCAGCAGCGGCUGCGCAAGACUAGUUCAUGCAGUGCCAGUGCCAGUGCCAAGGCCACGCCCACGCCGCACACGCGCCGCCCACACAGACAGCAUUCAAAUGCCUCCGACUCGAUGCACAAGCAACAGCAGCAACAGAAGCAACAGGAGCCACAGCAGCAACAGCAACAGCAACAGCAACAAUCGCGUCGUUAUCAGCCAGCUGGACGCGCUAGCAGCAAGGAGCGCACUGAGGCGGCGCGUAGGCGUGGCACACGUCGUCACAGCGGCGCCUCCACGCUGAGCGAGGCAACGGCUGGCGCAGCCCAGCGUCGCACACGCGACACGGCCCGAGACUCGGCCGGCAGCUCCUCGACGGCAUCCAGCUGCAACGGCAGCUGCAGCUCCGACGAUGGCGACUCAACGCAUUCGUCCUCCUCCUCGUCCAGCUCGUCGGGCGAACCGAAUCUGCCCUACCCAGGCUUCCCAGAGAUUGCCAUGAAGGCGCUCACACAAUACACACGGCCGCGCAACUGGUGCCUGAUGCUCAUCACCAAUCCGUGGUUCGAGCGCAUCUCGAUUCUGGUUAUUCUGCUGAACUGCAUAACGCUGGGCAUGUAUCAGCCCUGUGUAGACGAUACCUGUUUGAAGCCGCGCUGCAGAAUAUUGCAGAUAUUCGAUGACAUCAUCUUCGCCUUCUUCGCCCUGGAGAUGACCAUCAAAAUGGUGGCCAUGGGCAUGUGUGGCAAGAACACCUAUUUGGCCGACUCGUGGAAUCGAUUGGACUUCUUCAUUGUGCUGGCCGGACUGCUGGAGUAUGUGAUGCAUGUGGAGAACUUGAACUUGACAGCGAUACGCACGAUACGCGUGCUGCGGCCACUGCGCGCCAUCAAUCGUAUACCCAGCAUGAGAAUUCUGGUGAUGCUGCUGCUGGAUACGCUGCCCAUGCUGGGCAAUGUGCUUCUGCUCUGCUUCUUCGUCUUCUUCAUCUUCGGCAUCAUCGGCGUGCAGCUGUGGGAGGGCAUACUGAGGCAGCGCUGCACACUGGAGCGACCCGAAGGCAUGAUCUAUCCCAUAACGGGACUACCUGAAGUGUACAGAGUUCGAGUCCGUGUUAACUCCCUCUCGCAAUACUAUGAGUUCUCCAAGGAUCAGGACUACAUUUGCUCAACGCCCGAGGAUUCGGGCAUGCAUCUGUGUGGCAACUUUCCGCCGUAUCGCAUCGGAUCACUGGUCUGCAGUGAGGAGGCCAAGCUACUGGACCUGAAUGAGCCAACGAAUACGUCGUGCGUGAAUUGGAAUCAGUAUUAUACGACCUGCAAGCAGAGCGGCGAGAAUCCCUUUCAGGGCACCAUAUCCUUCGACAACAUUGGCAUGGCCUGGGUGGCCAUAUUUCUGGUCAUCUCGCUGGAGGGCUGGACUGACAUUAUGUACUACGUGCAGGAUGCGCACAGCUUCUGGGACUGGAUCUACUUUGUGCUACUAAUUGUGAUUGGCUCGUUCUUCAUGAUCAACCUGUGCCUGGUCGUCAUUGCCACCCAGUUCUCGGAGACCAAGAAACGUGAGAUGGAGCGCAUGCGGCAGGAGCGUGCACGAUACACGUCAACCUCGACGCUGGCGAGCAGCACAAACAACUCAGAGCCGGCCACAUGCUACGCCGAGAUAGUCAAAUACAUCGCCCAUCUGUGGCGACGCUUCAAGAGACGAAUGUUAAAGAAGUACAGAUUAUAUAAGUAUCAGCGGCAACAGCGUCGCGAGGGUCUGCUACCCAAUGCUGAUAAUCUGACCUUUUCGCCGUCGCGCAUCAAGUGCCAUCAUCCGAAUUGUCCCAAAUACAGUAAUCGCAAGCCGUCCAGCAUACAGGAUCAGAUGAUUACCGUUAUGGUGCCGCUUAAUUCCAACAACAAUAACAACAAUAGCAGCCACAACAACAGCAACAGCAACAACAACAGCAGCAGCAACAAUGGCAGCGGCAACGGUGGUGGAGUUGGUGGUGGUGGUGCUGGUGCUGGUGGUGCUGGUGGUGGAGCUGGCAACAGCCACAAUCACACCACUGUUGCAUUGAUUAAUGGCAUCAAUGGCAGCACCGCCAGCGUCUCGAUGGCCCAGCAGCAACAGUUGGUGGCAGGCGGCGCUGCGUCUCAGGCGCAACUCUCCUCGUCGGACAACACGGAGCAGUCGCUUGGCGAGGGCAGCGGCUCAGGCAUCGCUCGUCGCAGCUCCUCGAUGAAGAAACCCACCGCCCACCAUGGCCACAGUUUGCAGCUCAAGCCAGAGGCAACUGGCGGCGAGCAGAAGACAAUUCUGCUCAAGCUGCCACAACAGGUCAUCGACUCGGACCAAUUGAUCCUGCAGUUGGGAAAUUUAGGCAAGAGCCAUCCGUGCACCUCGGGCUUUCUGAGUCCGCCCACCUCGGCUAGCCGCCGUCCCUCGGUUAUGUUCAAUGAGUACGUGUUGCUGCAUACGCCGCCAGCUUUGAGCAGCGAGCCAACAGCAGCAGCAGCAGCAGCCGUCACAACAACAGCAACAGUUGUAGCAACAACAACAUCAGCAGCAGCAACAACCACAGCUGCAGCAGCAAUAACCACAGCAACAACCAACAAUGUCAGCAGCAGCGGCAACAUUCACUCCAUGGAAAAGAUGACACAGGCAGGUGACGGCAGCAUUUGGCAGGUGAAUCUACCGCAAAGCAUCGGCACCAUUGCCAAUCCGUAUGCCGAUUGCUCCGAACUGGGUAUACACGAUGCGAUGACCUGUCAAGAGCUUUUAGCAUUCUCUGUGGCAUUUUCAGCGGCAUUGCCGACGGGUCAAAGUACGCUCGAAUCGUUUUACUCAUCGCUGGCGCGCUGCGAUCCGCACACGGUCGAGGCGCUGAACAAGGUGCAGCAGCAGAAGCCAGCAGCAGCUGCAACAACAGCAGCAGCAACACCAGCAGCGGCAACACCAGCAACAGUUGCUGCUGCAGCUGAUAUACUCGACUCGAGUGCGGAUUUGCCGGCACCGGCUUUGAGCUUGGAACUGGCCGCUGUCUCGGCUGCCGUGCCCAUGGAGAAUCGGCGCAAGGAGCGCCAGCAAUUGCCCCACAACAACAACAAUAACAACAACAACAACAACAACAACAACAACAGCAAAAGCAAUCACAGCCGCAACACGGGCGGCGGACAACGUCAACAUGGUCGCAGCCACGCCCCCACCGGCAACUACAUGGAAGACUAUGCCUGCUGCUACGAUCUAUACCAGAAUGCACUCUCGCCCCUCGACGAACGCCAACGUCCACGCUCCCCAGCUCUGCGCCUGCUCAUCGCCAUCUAUCGCUGCCUGAUGCGCGUCUGCAGCUGGAUCCGUCGCUAUAUCAAGCGGCUCGUCGAGCACAAAUACUUUCAGCAGGGCAUCCUCUUGGCCAUAUUGAUCAACACUCUGUCGAUGGGCAUCGAGUAUCACAACCAGCCCGAGGAGCUAACGGCCAUUGUUGAGACGAGCAACGUUGUCUUCUCUGGCAUCUUUGCCGUCGAGAUGUUGCUCAAGGUGGUUGCCGAGGGACCCUUUCGCUACAUAGCCAACGGCUUCAAUGUCUUCGACGGCAUCAUCGUCAUACUCAGCGCCAUUGAGAUAUGUCAAACGUUCGCAGGCAAUGGCACUGGCGGCGGUGGUUCAGGUCUGUCCGUCCUUCGCACCUUCCGUCUGCUGCGCAUCCUCAAACUCGUUCGCUUUAUGCCCAAUCUGAGGCGGCAAUUGUUUGUCAUGCUGCGCACCAUGGACAAUGUUGCUGUCUUCUUCUCAUUACUCGUACUCUUUAUAUUCAUAUUCAGCAUACUCGGCAUGUAUCUGUUUGGCGGUAAGUUUUGUAAAUUUUUGGAUGAAUCCGGACUCGAACGCGAAUGCACGUGUCCCGAAAUAAUCAGCCGACAUCCGCAGUGUGAAUGCGAUCGCAAACACUUCAACAACAUUUUGUGGGCCACUGUCACAGUUUUCCAAAUACUAACGCAAGAGGAUUGGAACGUUGUCCUGUUCAAUGGCAUGGAAAAGACAAGUCAUUGGGCCGCAUUGUAUUUUGUGGCUCUAAUGACAUUCGGCAAUUAUGUGCUGUUUAAUUUAUUGGUCGCCAUUUUGGUUGAGGGAUUCAGUUCAGAGCGAAAUGAACGUCGCGAGCGCGAACAACGCGAAUUGGUAAAAAAACUGCGCGAAGAGACAUUGGCCGAAAAUUAUAGCGAUGGUAUGUACGAUGAAUCACGCAGCGAAGCGGAUUCAUCAACCACAAACGAUAGUUACUACGAAGUACGCAAUCGCUGGCGCAGUGCUGAGGAUGUGCGCAAGCUGCAGGAAUCAGCCGAGCUGAACAUCGAAACCAAGAGCAAUAUUCAUCGCCAGCGUCUGCUGCAGCCCAUUCAGGAUUAUCAAAUCAACGAGCUGCCCGCCCAAGGCGCCAGUUCUGCCUCGCUUGGCAAUGCCGGCGACAAGGAGGGCGACGCUAAGCCACGCGGUGGCCUCAAAAAGACAUACUCGAUCAAGGAGCGACGCAGCGAGGCGCCACGAAUAUCGAAAAUGCGACUCAUACGCGAUCCACCGCUCAUCACAACCACAGCGGCCACGCCUCAAGAUUCGCCCAGCACCACAAUGGAGCCGGGCAUGAGUUUCCGCCAAUGGGGCGACAUGGAGCCCGUGCCACCGUCGCCGUCGCUGCUGAAGCCACCGAACAUUUUCAGCGGUGGGCAGCGGACUCUCGACGAGGGCAUCCCGGCCAUAGAUCUCAUACCGCCAUCGCCGGUGCUGGCGCACAAGCCGCUCAACAUACUGAAUGCCAGCCAGUUGCAGGGACAUGCGGGAGCUGUGAGCGGUCUGGGUGGUGCAGGUGUUGGUGCUGGUGGUGGCGGCGGUGCUGGUGUGGCUGGCAGCAUGCACAGCGUCAUCAUCGAUGACAUCUCCAAGAAUUCCAGCACAGCUGCCGCAGCCCCGCCCAUCUAUGUGCCCACCAUAUCAUCGGCGGCAUCGACACUGCAGCCACCGACCGAGAGCCACAGCCACAGCCUCAAUCUAUCCGAACUGUCGCUCAGCUCGGCUGUGGGCGGCGCCGGUGGCAGCGUUGCCUCCACCAGCGGCAGCUCAUCCAGCGAACGUUUGCCGCUGGCACCGCCGAGCAGCUUCAAGCAGCGCUUCCGUCGCUCCAGCUCCAAGAAGCGGCCGAGCACACAGCGCGCCGACGAGCAGCACCUUGGCGACGAGGAGGAGCCACAGCUGAACAAUGGCAGUGGCGACAACAGCUAUUUGCUGCGCAGCAGCUCGGCCAUGGCAGCUGGCGCUACAGGUGCCAAGGACACGAAUCGCCUGAGUCCACAGAACUCGAUACGUCGCUUGUCCAAUACGCUGAGCAUCGGCAGCGGUCCGGGCAGUCGACGCGCCUCGGCCUGCAUCUUCAACUCGCAGGUCUAUCAGAAUCUCAACCAGCCGCCCAAGCUGAGACCGGGCGCUGGCCAGCGACGCAUGAGCUCCAUUGAGCUGGCGUUCAGCAAGACAUCGCACUUGAAUCUCCACAAUCUGGAGGCGAACCGCAAAUCGUUGUCGUACACCAAUUCGAAAAUCGAUCUGGACAAAUGGCAAAAGUCCUACAUGACCCUCAACGAACCGGACAUGCUGCAACAGUAUAUGGAGGCGCGGGACAAGCGCAAGAACUCCAUCAGCCAUUACAAUCUGAAGAAGCGACUCGAGGAGAAGGAGUUGCAACAGCUACAGCAGCUGCAUCAGCAGCAAUUGCAACAGCAGCAGCAGCAACAGCAGCAGCAGCCACAGCAUCCGCAGCAACUCGAAUCACAGCUGCCGCCACAGCAGCUGGCCAAGGAGCUGCAGCUGCUGUCUAUGCAACGACAUUCCAUGGUGCCGUGCGGCUCUAGCGGGGAGCACGUCUCGAAGCUCAAGAUGCUGAUACAGCGCCUGACGCCCAAGCACUUUACCGCCGAACGUGACUCCUACUCCAUGUACGUCUUUCCGGAGGAUAACAGGUUCCGGCAGAUCUGCACGUGGUUCGUGAACCAAAAGUGGUUCGACAAUGUUGUGCUGCUCUUUAUAGCGCUCAACUGCAUAACUCUAGCCAUGGAAAGACCAAACAUCCCUCCAAGCAGCACCGAACGAGUGUUCCUAGCAACAGCCAACUACGUGUUCACCGUCGUCUUUACUGUCGAAAUGUUCAUUAAGGUAGUUGCCACGGGCAUGUUUUAUGGCCCGGAUGCAUAUUUCACAUCCGGCUGGAAUAUAAUGGAUGGAUCUUUGGUUACAAUUUCGAUAAUUGAUUUGUUAAUGUCAUUGAUUAGCGAGUCGAGCCCGAGGAUAUUUGGGAUUUUAAGGGUGUUUCGUCUACUUCGUUCCCUACGGCCGCUGCGUGUGAUCAACCGAGCGCCGGGUCUGAAACUAGUCGUUCAAACGCUCUUAUCAUCCCUGCGUCCCAUCGGGAAUAUCGUGCUGAUCUGUUGCACCUUCUUCAUCAUCUUUGGCAUCCUCGGCGUCCAGCUGUUCAAGGGCACCUUCUUCUACUGCGAGGGCGAGAACAUUAAGAACGUACGAAACGCCGACGAGUGCCGUCGCAUACCGGGCAACGUCUGGACGAAUCGCAAAUAUAAUUUCGAUGAUCUUGGCAAGGCACUGAUGUCCCUCUUCGUGCUCAGCUCCCGCGAUGGCUGGGUCAACAUCAUGUACACGGGCCUCGAUGCCGUCGGCGUUGAUCAACAGCCGAUCGUCAACUACAACGAAUGGCGCCUGCUCUACUUCAUAGCGUUCAUAUUGCUGGUCGGCUUCUUUGUGCUGAACAUGUUUGUGGGCGUGGUCGUCGAGAACUUCCAUCGAUGCCGCGAAGAGCAAGAGAAGGAGGAGAAAAUCCGACGAGCCGCCAAGCGUGCGCUACAAAUGGAAAAGAAACGCCGACGCAUGCACGAGCCGCCCUACUACACUAACUAUUCGCCCACCCGAAUGUUCGUGCACAAUGUGGUCACGUCGAAGUACUUCGACCUGGCCAUAGCCGCCGUGAUUGGACUGAAUGUCGUCACCAUGGCCAUGGAGUAUUACAAGAUGCCCAUGGUGCUGCAAUACGCUCUGAAGAUCUUCAACUAUUUCUUCACAGCCGUCUUCAUACUCGAGGCAAACAUGAAGCUGGUGGCACUGGGCUGGCGUCUCUAUCUGAAGGAUCGCUGGAAUCAGUUGGACGUGGGCAUUGUCCUCCUCUCGAUAGUGGGCAUUGUCCUCGAGGAGCUGGAAACGAACAUAAUACCCAUAAAUCCGACGAUAAUACGAGUGAUGCGUGUGCUCCGCAUCGCACGGGUCCUCAAGCUAUUGAAGAUGGCCAAGGGCAUACGUGCUCUAUUGGACACCGUUAUGCAGGCCCUGCCCCAGGUGGGUAACUUGGGCCUGCUCUUCUUCUUGCUGUUCUUCAUAUUUGCGGCGCUGGGCGUGGAGCUGUUUGGCCGGCUCGAAUGCUCCGAUGAGAUACCCUGCCAGGGACUCGGCGAGCACGCGCACUUCGCCAACUUUGGCAUGGCUUUCCUCACAUUGUUUCGCGUAGCGACUGGCGACAACUGGAACGGCAUCAUGAAGGACACGCUGAGGGAUAACUGUGAUGACGCCGCCGAUUGCGUGCGCAAUUGCUGCGUCAGCUCAUUUAUUGCUCCCAUAUUCUUUGUGAUAUUCGUUCUUAUGGCGCAAUUCGUUUUGGUGAACGUCGUGGUGGCUGUUUUGAUGAAACAUCUCGAGGAGAGCCACAAGCAAAUGGAAGACGAGCUCGACAUGGAAGUGGAGCUGGAGCGCGAACUGGUGCGCGAACAGGAAUUUGCCCAGGAGCAAAAACUGUGCCAGCAGCUGGCGGAGGCGCAGGCCAAGCUGCCAGCACCGCCCAGACCCUUGGCCAAGGUCAAAUCCCUGCCCAAGAACUUCAUCUAUAGCACACCGUCGCUGGAAAAGAAAUUCCCGAGCGUCAGUCUAACUGGCAGCACCGCCAACAACAUAGCCGCUGGCGCAGGCCAACGUCGCCAGACCGUACAAUACUUCAAUCAGCAACAACAACAACAACACCAACAGCAGCAGCAACAACAACAAUUGAGCCUGGCCGAAAUGGGCAGCGCGCUGACGCCUCAGAGCUUGAGCGCUCGGCUGGGCGAGCCCUUUGGCGGCGCCAUGACGGCAGCUGGAAGUGGUCCGGGCUCAGAGCUGCUGGGCUUGCAGCUGCCGCCAUUGGGCCGACGCGGGCGACGCGCCUCGGCCGCCGCUGGCUUCCGCAAGCGCGGCGUGCUGUCCAAGGAACGUUCGCUCGACGAGCAGGCCAUCAGGCGACGCAAUCUGGAGGCGAAACGCACCAGUUGCGAUUCAUUGCCGUGGGGCGGCGAUGCGCUCGACUACCGACGCGGCACCAUAUUCGAGAGCCUCGAAUCGGAUCCCGCCUCCAGCUAUGAUCUGGAUGUGCGUAGCAUACGCAGCGCUGAGGUCUCCAGGCCGCGCGACGAUGACGAGACGCUGGAACCACUAGCCGUGGUCAGUGCUCUAAUACAGCCGAUGGCAACGCCAUCGUCGCCCCCUAUUACAACAGCCACGCCCACGCCCAUGCCAACGCCAACGUCUACGCCCAUGCCCCAACCCCAGCCACAGCCACAGACACAGCCACAGCCACAGCAACCACGGCGGCCCUUUGGCUGGUCACAGUCGGUGGAUCAAGGCUGCCUGCUUGGCCCCGGUGGACGCAGCAGCUUGCUGCUCUCGGUGCCACGUUCGAUGCCCCCUCGCAGUCGCAGCGGCAGCACGAAGCAGCUCUUCAAGCAGCAGGCGCUCGAUGAGGACGCCGACAUGGAUGAGAACUCGCUGCUGUUGCCCGCCACGCAUCAGGCAGCAACAGUUGCUCCCAGCACCCACUCGGAGCACCCAACGGCAGCGGCAGCGGCAGCGGCAGCAGCAGCGAGCGACGUUGACGGCGACAUCGAUGUCGUCGACGUCAGCAGCGCAGCGGGCCUAAGCAAAUCCGAUUCAGCGGACAUCAUGCGCAUCAUCAGCGAGCGCAGACGCAUGGAUCAGCGGGAUCAGUGCGGCAACGAGGACAGCGACUACAAUGAGCUCCUGCUGGUCAAGUCGCCGCAAUCCUCAACGGACUAAGCGCUCACUCUCGUCUGUCUCUCUCUCCCUCUCUUUCUUUCUCUUUCUCUCUCUCUCUGUCACACACACAAACACACUGUAAAGCAGGCCUUACUAUAAGUAAUUUUAAGCACUAUCGAUAAACGAUAACACGAUAACACGAAGCUAGCCUGUUAGCAUAAGCAUAUAUCCCCGUCCCCCACCCUCUCACAAUCUCUAAAUUAGAUCGAUAAACGAUAACAAAUACCCAGAAGCACACAUAUAUCAAUAUCACUCUCAGUCAAUCACACAAUUCUUUUACAGAGAGACACGCACGACAGAAAGAUAAGCACUAUCGAUAAACGAUAACAUCAAGCAAGCCCAUAUACAUAUAUAUAUCCCGCCACUAUCACAAAUUUAUUCAACAACUGUCUCCCUCUCUCUCACACAUACCUUAAAGCAGGCUUGCCGCGAGAGUAUUUCCCGAGCAUUUAAAGAUUAUCGAUAAGUCGAUAACACAUAGCAAGCCUGUUAGCAGAAAUACUUAUAUCUUUCUCUCACUCUCUGACGUGCUCUCGCUGACAUAGAGGCUUGCUAAAAGAGAGUUCCAUGCGCAUUUAAGCAUUAUCGAUAGGUCGAUAAAUAAUUUACGGUAUAAACAGAAGCAAGUCUGUUGGCAUGCACAAGCAUCUCCCCCUCUCAUACACUCUCUCACUCACACUAUAACUUUAGGGAAUUUUCCAAGUGCUCAGUUUGAAGAAGGCAAACGAAACCGGAAGAAAUAAUAAGAAGAAAAAGAAAGAAACAGAAACUAAAGCGUUAGCUCUUAGGCAAUAACGAUUAACGAUAAACAUUACUCACUAGAGUAUAGGCGUUUAACUGUAACUAUAAAUGUAACUGUAACUCUACAAACUAACUGUAACGAUAACGAUAACGGUAACGGUAAUGGUAACGAUAACGAUAACGAUAACGAUAACAAUUACGAUAGCUACUCAUCGAGCGUUCUCUACCAAAAACAAAACAAACAACAACUUGUCAACUGUUUUUAGUGCAAUCUACGGUUUUCAUAAGUUUAGCAGAAACAAAAACAAAUUUGAAAAGAAAAACAUAAAAAAUACUACAAAUAUACCACAAAAUUAAGAAUACUAAACCAAAAUCGUUGCUUAGAGCGUUUUCCGUUUCAACCACAACAAGUUACAAG